GUUUCCGUCUGUUGGACUGUGAAGUCAGUGGGAGGACUGGUGUGUUAGAACUGUAUCAAACAUAUUCUUAUGUCGAUAUAUGCGCACCCAGUCGGGUGGAAGAACACCGAAUGGAUAACGGUGUAGAGCCGGGGCUAUAACCUGUCACUGUCGGAUCGUUACAACGAUAGAUUUAUAUUAUGGCGUUGACCGAGGCCUGUGGGUAGUGACUGGCAGUUACCGGCCUUAGUGAUCACAACAGCGCCGCUUCCCUAUCAACUUACCUAAAUGGAGCGUCUUUCAACAGUUACAAUAUUGAAGCGUUGAGACGUGUGUGCGACUGAUUGUGACAACGAGUAGUUAAACAGCACUUAAACACAACAAGCGGUGACACUUAUAUUACAAUUGAGGAUAUACACUUCCAACACACUACCGCGAUGUUGAUUCAAUUCCGCGCGCGAGAAGGCAAGUGAAGUGUAUUGAGGGCUACAAGACGUGGGAGACUAUAUACAGAAGCGUCUGGCGAUUCACCGUCUCAAUUGACAGCAUAUAUACAUGCGGUAAUGAAGCGGUGCCUCUUGAAGACUUCUACGCAAACCCAUAAAGUAGAAUCAUUCAUUGAAUAACCAGAGACUGUGUGUGGAGCUCGCCGAAUAUUGUGAUCGCUUCUCCAUGGGAGCAGUGGUGUUGAUUUUCUGUCAGUGACACUGCCAGGCUGUGUUGGUUAAUUGACAUGUAUAUUAAGACCACGUUUCAAAGGGAUUGGACCCGCCACGCAGGAGUAACAUAUUGCUGCUGUGUCCAUCUAAACACACAUGAGAUAAUCCAGUAGAUCUCCCCAUGACAAACUGACUUCCAAGAAGAAAUACCCGUUACCCAGUGCGCCGGGGCGUCAAACAGACAUAACGUGGCGACUCGUUCUCCACACGCGCUGAGCUGAACAAUAUUCGCAUGAAGUUAGGUUGCAAUUGUGAUUUUGGUAACACUUUACUGUGCUAGCAGAUAUUGGUGAAAAAAACAUUGUCGGGAUUGAAAAGAAACAGAUUACCAUGAGUGGAAUAAGCGUCGUGACACAAACAAUGAUUACUCCCCGCCGAUUCACGUGCUGGACCGGAAGAGAGCAGUUGAAGCCUGCUGUACAAGACCUCAGUGGCCAGCUGAGACCGCCUACCAGGAGUCUAUCUAGUUCUUCCGAUGAAGAUGGGAACGGUAAUUACCUCUCCUUUGGCCCUCAAGGAUUUCUAAGUGAGCGGCACAAUGCUCUUACGUGUCGGCCUUUCCUCACACAACGCCAGACAUCGAGAAGUGCUGGGAUGAACACACAAAGAGGCGACAGCUGCAUACAUCGCCAAACUGUGCAAAGAAGUGCACGUCUCAGGUCUCGUCUGAGCUAUACGAGAUCUCGCAGCGCAGACCAGAUGCUCAGCACAGAAGCCAAUAAAAACUACGAUAGCGAGGAACUGUUAUCACUUCAAGUGGCAAAAUCAGUGGAUAGGUCACGUGACUCCAUGCAAGGACAUAUGUACACGCUGCCUUCCUCAAGGAUGUCCCAGCGUGAUAUUGUCGUCCAACCCCGACCAGCCACAACCACUGGCAGAUACUUCGACUCUGCCAAUGGUCUCCGUUGUCGGACCAUGUACCAGAACAGAAGGCCCCAAACUGCUGGCUCGUGGCUCGCCUCGGGUCUCAAGAUACAACGAAUCAAACUUCAAUCAAAGAACGACUUUGGUAUGAAACUGGAAGCUAGUGUGAAGGAAAGGUAGAUACGACACUCCAUGCAACGUGUGAUACAAUGAAACGCUGUCAAGUGUUGGGACAAGAGAAAGACGUUCAGGAAGACGUCAAACACAGAGAAUACAAAAGGUUGAAAGGCGAUAAAUGUUGACUUGACACUCGCUCAGCCCUGUGAGUGAGAACUGGAUUCAUCCCGUGACGAAAGGGGUUCUUUAUUGUCGUCUUGUACAAAUGAACAGUCCUUUCCACGAACAUGUACUAUUUGUAUUUGAAAAGAUGAACGUUGUUUUAACCAAGGCAUUGGUUGUCUAUUGAGCCUGCGGCAAUAGAAUACAAGUUACAAUACAGAGUGGUAUCAGAGCUUUGGACUUUGUAGGACUCGAAGAAGCAGGGAUGGAGUGAUGGGUGUUGUUAUCCUGCGAAAGAAGACGAAACAGUCUACAUCCUUAAUUUUUUAUAUGAUAUACAUUGAUCUCACCCCGCCAGUAUUCGAAUUGUUUCACGAUGAACUGUUCUUUUUUAAAUUCAGAUAUAUAAAACGUGUGUUUGUUUACUCCGUAGCUAGCUCAGUCUUUAUCUCCGAAUUUUAAUUCUGAACAAUAUUUGUGUUAUUUGUGCAUUUCACUGUACUGUUUUAUUCAGUAUCGAUGUGUAUCAUAUCUUGAAUUGUGUCACCUUUUUCACAAUUGGAAACUGUAUGUAUUCGCUGUGUAAGUAUCUCACACAUACACGAACAACGGGACUGCUGAUAAAAAACUAUCCAACAUGCGCACAAGUAUGGGAUACAUUUGAUAGGAACUGUGAUCAAGCAGAAUGUGCUAGUGAGUGAAUGAAUGAUCUCUUACGCCACGAUGACUACAGUUAUAUGGACCAGGAACUGGACACACUUAAUAAUUGUAACUGUUUUAUACACAUACACACACACACACACACACACACACACACACACACACACACACACACACACACACA